AUGGCGCCCACACAAUUCGAACCGCAGCCUCUCACAGCCCCCCUCAACGAGGAAGCGGUCCGAUCCCUCAGCGAGCUGCAACACCAGCGAGACCGCGAAACCAAGGCCCGAGAACAUCUGAAAAAGGCGGCACAACUCCUGACCGACAUGACAGGCGAACUGAAUGACCGAGCCUACCUCCGAAGAGCCAGACACAGCAAAGAAAAAGCUCGGCGCAGAGAAGCGGCGAAUAAUGGGACCGAGGACGGGGGAGCAGGAGCAGAGGAAAACGAAGAAGACCCUGCGGUAGCCGAGGCGGACGCGAGAUAUGAGGAGUUCCAACGAAAAGUCGAGGCUCUGACCAAGAGGAUGGACUUGAGCAUCCGGGGCGUCAUCGACGACAUGGCCUGGCUCGCCGAGUAUCCUGCAACUCUGAAGGCGGUGGUGGAGAAGGCGCAAGAGAGCAUGGGAGAGCCCCGCAGGGAUCACCAGACGCAAAGUUUGACGCAGAGAACCAGGCAGAGGAGGCGGGUUGUGGACGACGGUGACGAAGCUGCCGAGCAAAACCAAAACGAAGAAGAGGAGGAGCAGGAGGAUGAUAACGACGUAGAUGCUGGACCAUCAUCCCGCUCGAGACACCAAACCUCGAUGCUCCCGACAAUCCACCCAGCUGACACACCACACAUUUCUCUCUCGACAGCACUGACCCAGCAAGCGCGGACAUGGACAUCCAAGACACUGACAGAGAGAUACGCCCGCAACAACGACUACAGGGGAUGGUACCGGGUUCUCUACGACGCCAAAAACCCCGGAGAAUCCGCGCCGCCCAUGCCCAACGAGAGCCUAUGGUUCGCCGCCGAAGAAGGACGGAUUAACUCCCUAUCAUCCAGUCAACGCCGCCACCAUCCUCAAGGCUCCAACGCCGACGAGACGAGCAUGACCGAAGAGGAAGAAGACGAAGACGAAGUCGAAAUCGCCGCCGAAAAAACCCGACUCAAAUGCCCCAUCACACUCCUCCCUUACAUCGACCCGGUAACCUCCAAGAACUGCAACCACAGCUACGAGCGCGCCGCCAUCCUGUCCAUGCUGAGCACAUCGACCGACUUCGCGCCUUUCACACAAGACCAACUAGCCGAGCUCAGCCAGCUGGGCAACAACCAGAAGCAGCGCGCGAGGCGCGAACGCGAGAUUCGUAUCAAACAGGUCAAAUGUCCCGAGUGCAACACCCCCUUAAUCGAGGCGGAUCUGGUCGAUAACCCAGCCUUGAAAAGAAGAGUGGCGAGACUGCUUGCGCAGGAGAGAAGGGAUAAUCUCGCGACAAGCGACGUCGACGGCGAAAGCCACAGCGAUGAUGACGACGACGAUGGGGACGGGCAUAAUGUACGAGGCACGCAAAGACGCCCCGCGGCUCUCGGAUCAAGCAGCCCGCCUCCCCUCCCGUCCAGCGUGCGCAAAUCCGCGAAGCAAAUCAAAGCGGAGCGGAUGUCAGGAGUGCGAAGAGCGGGAGACGAGGCGGACGUGGACGUGGUGCCCCAGACGCAGCUGGCGGAGGAUGACCGGCGCGCAGGCAGGGCACGGGGGAGAGGGAGAGGUACGCGCCGGGUCAUGGAUCUGGAUGAUGACGAGGAGGAGGACUAG